GCCCUGCUGCAGAGCGCGGCAGAGAGGCUCGACGAGCACCACGGCUCAUCCUCGGGACCGACGGUGCCGCAGCCUGAUGAACGACAAGCACGGGUUCUCCACGGGCCGCGUGAACCAACGUGGGGCUGCCCCAGCUGCGGCACGAGUUCAAACUGGGCUUGCCGCAUCGUCUGCCGCUGCGGCAAGGCGGCCCCCUUGUACGUGGUGCAGAAGGCAAGGAAAGCAGAGCAGAAAACCAAGGAGUCAGGCAAGAGCGGUUCACCUGCGACGAAGUCGCCUUCGAAGUCCGUGGGUGGGGCGGGCCUGCGGUCCACCCUGGCGCCCUGGGCUCCCGAGGCCAAGGAGAUGGCCAAAAUGCAGAACCAGCUCAAGCAGCUCCUCGCAGAGAACAAAAAACUCAAGAAGUAUAACGGCAAGGCUUCGGACAUGGAGAUCGAUGAAGGUGAAGAUGGAGACAACGUGGCGGCGUCGUCAUCGGUCGCGCAGCGUACGGAGCUACAGGCGAAGAUCUCCAAGUACGAGCAGACCAUCAAGAUGUACAAGGACGAUGGCGAGGACGAGCUGGUGCGUGACCUUGAGAAGAAGCUGGCGGCGACCAAGCUGCAGGUCCAGUCGCUGCGCACGCCUGCCAUGGCCCACAAGCAGUGCACGCAGAAGCUUCAACGGGCUCAGAAACAGAUCAGCACGGCGAAGAAUGACCUGCAUUCCUUGCAGCAGAAGCUGGAGAAGGUUCAGAAGGAGCUGGACGAGAAGAAGGAUUUCCUGGAGAGCAAGAUCGGCGAGGAGCAGGUUCUCACGAUGCAGCUCGCUGGGCACGCGGCAAAGCUCAGUGGCACGGCAGAGGCUGGCCUGGAGGUGCCCCCCGACAUCCUGCGGCUCGACACCGAGCUUCACCAGCUCAAGUCGGACCCCGACCUGCUGCAGUUCUAUACUUCGUUCUCGGCAAACCCCUUGUUCGCCAAGAUGGAGGAGCUGUGCAGGCAGAACAUGGCGGCCAAACUUGCUCAGGAGCUCCACCGAGCCAUGCACCAGGGCAAGAGCGAGGGCGACGCGUCCGCCAGCCCCGAGCAGCUUGCCGAGAUGGUCGCAAACAUCCAGGUGAUUGAGCCCCACUUCAUCGAGACGCACAACGCGAACCAAGGGAAGCAGACGCUUAAGAAGAGGCUAAGCUGCACCAAGUCCCUCAUCGUGCUCGCGCAGGCGAUAGGGUGCCACGACUGGGAGUGCGAGGCCCUCAGCUCUUGGUGCGCCAGCAACAAGUGGAACGUCAUGGUUGUGCCAGGCGCCCCUACUGCAGGCAAGCUCCCCGCGGCAGGUCUGGCUAUCUUUGCGCGUGGAGACAUCGGGCUACGGGGGCCGAUUUACCCUGCGACGAGCCCUGCAGCAUGGAGGUCCACUGUCAACGAUCAGAUAUCCUUUGGCAGCGAGCUGGUACCGUUUCGGGCCCAACAUGCAGUGGCUGAAGUUCCUGGGUGGCCACCGCUCAACAUCUUCAACAUCUACCUGCGCACGGGCGAGGGAAUGUCCCUGAAGAGUGCCAAGAUCCUCGUGAACGUGGGGCUGGCGAUGGCAGGGCAGCCGAACCCUUCCGUCAUAGGUGGUGACUGGAACAUGACGGCGGCGGAAAUCGAGGCAUCUUCGUUCACGGCUCACGCCCAGGUUUCACUGCUGGUGCCCAAGUCCAUCACAUGCAGGACGGCGACGGCCAACUCGGUGAUCGACUAUUUCGCUUUCACCUCGGGGGCCAUGAGGCUCGUGAAGGCCAUGCAAGCGGACAUGAAAUGGGCAAUCAAACCACAUCGGCCAGUGGUCGUGGAGCUUGCUACGAUGGGCAAGCGGAUGAUGUACCUCACCUACGUGGGCGGGGGCAAGAUCGCGGCGCCCAAGCAGGUGGGGCCCAUGCUGCAGGACGAGCACGACUGGGAGCUCGAGAGAAGCUACGCUGAGGGUGCUGCGGAGAUGGCCUUGUCUGGCUCGGUGGGCGCUGCCUGGCGACUACUGUCUACCGCGUGGGCUCGGUUUGCUGCGCAGGCGGCUAUCAGGCUUGGGCAUCUCACGGGCACCCCAAUCCAGGCGUACUCAUACGGUGGUUACUUACGACCAAAGUGGGUCUCUUACAUGUAUGAAGGGUCGGACCCAGAAGGCAUCCAGGCUGUAGCUGACGGCUGGAAGUGGUAUGAGGGUGCGCUCUCAGUGAUAGCGAAGCUCCAGUCCCACCGGCCCUCGGUCGAUGCCGACAAGCUGCAAGAUGAGAUCAAUGGAUUCGUCGCCACCGACUACGCUGGGCAAGGUGUCAGUCAGCGUCUGGAUGCCGCAGUGGCUCACGCUCGGCGGGCACUCGCGGCACCGAACACCUCAGCGCAGGACCUCAUCAACAUGAUCGAGGAGGCGGCGGAGGACAUCGGCAUGGCUAAGCAAGCAGCGGACCCUGACAGCGCUCAGCGGCGGAAGCAAUGGAAUGGAGCUGGACGGCUACACCGAGUGACGAAGUACCAGGACGUUCAGGAACCCACGAUAGUUGAAGAUGCUGAAAACGUGCACAUCCAACUAUGGCGAUCGACGUCCACAGCGCCACCAGCUUGGGUACCUAACAGAAGCAGCCUUCCGAGAGCGACGGCGUCGGCCAUCAAGCGAGCAUCAGCGAUGUUCUCGACGCGCACGUCUGGCACCUUGGAUGGUAUCCACCCGUCGCACUACCAGCACUUGUCUGACGCUGGCUUAGAGGUCCUCAGCGCGCUGUGGGAAGCCAGCGAAAGGAUUGGACUGUGCCCCAAGCAGCUCGCGUGGAUGGUCAUGCCGAUGCUACCGAAAGCGGCAGGUGGCCAUCGCCUCAUCAUCCUCUACCCGCCCAGUUAUAGGGUAUACCAGCGUGCGAG